GCAGCCUCCCCAGCCGUGUCGCAGGGUUGGGGAUCAGGGGCAUUCGUGGUUCCAGUCAGGGAGGGAGCUGCUUCUGUCACCUUGAGCAUGGCCUUGUUUUCCUGCUGUUGAACUUUGGGCAUGCCGGGCUGCCUCAGCUUCCCACAGUUGAGCACACAAUAUCCUAAACUCGGUAGCAUGGAGGAUGCUAAAGGUGGUGACCAGCGUGUGACCGAGGGGUUUCCUCCUGCCAGCGUUGGGGCUGAGAGGGUCACUCAGCAGGUGCCCCAGGAAGACCAGGGGCAGCUUCUUUAUCAUGAGGAAACCAUUGAUCUUGGUGGAGAUGAAUUUGGGUCUGAAGAGAAUGAGACCAUAUCAGAAGAUUCCAACAACUUCAUAGAUAAACUCAAUGAGCACAUGAUGGAGAGUGUCCUCAUUUCUGACUCUCCUAAUAACAGUGAAGAUGACGCAGGUGACCUUGGCUGUUUACAGGAUGUCAUAGAACCUGUGGAAGGCAAUGCCGAUCCCAGCCUGGCCGGAAUCACAGCUGGAGAAGGGACGCACACCCCGAGUAACGGCAGUGAGACGGACACAGAUGCCACGCCAAGAGACGUCUCUGACAUGACCUCUGACAGCAAAGCCUCUCUGAAGGAAGACUCCACACAGGAAGAAGCAACAGCCAUGCCGCUCUUUGAGGAUGCAGGUACAGAGGACUUGACGCCUAGGGGUGAAAAGGCCCCUGGAGAAGAGCAGGUCCCAGAAGCAUCUUCCAGUCAGUCUUCUAAAGACGAGCCUGUGCCUGUGUGCACCAUUUUUAGCCAGGCAAGUGCUGCACCUGCCCAGCCGCACCUGUUUCUGCACGAUGGCUUCGAGUCUCAGAUGGUGAAAUCACCCAGCUUCAGCAGUGCAAGCGAGACAUCAGCCAAGACCCCUCCCCAGGUGGUCCGGCCCAGCCCCAGCCUGAGCAAAUUUUUUGGGGAUCCAGUGAGCACUAAUUCCUUGGCCUCCGGCUUCUUUGACUCCUUCACCACAUCCACUUUCACUUCCGUCAGUAACCCUAACGCAGGCUCCUCCAUUCCGGAAAAGUCGUCACCACUCACUGCCUCGGUGGGAGAAAAGGCCCUGAACUCUCCUGACUGUUCUUACCCUGCAGGGGUGCCAAGAUCGGAAUCAGGCGCUUCCACUGCUGCCCCGGAAAUCCCUGACUCCCCGAGACCGUUUUCACAGAUACAGGCUGUGUUUGCAGGCAGCGAUGACCCUUUCGCCACAGCGCUUAGCAUGAGUGAGAUGGACCGAAGGAAUGACGCGUGGCUUCCCAGCCAGAGCACCAGGGACGUCCUGACCGCGGUGGCCACGCAGCAGUGCGGCACUGUGUUCAUAGACAAGGAGAGUCUCACCAUGCCCGGGCUCAGGUUCGACAACAUUCAGGGAGAUGCAGUUAAAGACUUGAUGCUUCGCUUCCUGGGUGAAAAAGCUGCCGCAAAGAGACAAGUCCUAAAUGCCAGCUCUGUGGAGCAAUCUUUUGUCGGACUGAAGCAGCUAAUUAGCUGCAAAAACUGGAGGGCAGCAGUUGACCUGUGUGGACGCCUUCUCACCGCCCAUGGCCAAGGCUACGGCAAGAGCGGGCUGCCCACCAGUCAUACCACAGAUUCGCUGCAGCUUUGGUUUGUGCGGCUGGCGCUGCUGGUGAAGCUGGGCCUCUUCCAGAACGCUGAGAUGGAAUUCGAGCCCUUUGGAAAUCUGGAUCAGCCAGACCUGUAUUAUGAAUACUACCCCCACGUGUAUCCCGGACGGAGGGGCUCCAUGGUCCCCUUUUCGAUGCGCAUCUUACACGCAGAACUUCAACAGUAUCUGGGGAACCCGCAGGAGUCACUGGACAGGCUGCACAGGGUCAAGACCGUCUGCAACAAGAUCCUGACCAACCUGGAGCAGGGCCUGGCGGAGGAUGGGGGCGUGAGCAACAUGAGCCAGGAGAACCGGCAAGCCUCUGUUCAGCUGUGGAGGACACGUCUGGGCCGGGUGAUGUACUCCGUGGCGAACUGUCUGCUGCUCAUGAAGGAUUACGUGCUCGCCGUGGACGCCUAUCGCUCAGUCGCCAAGUGUCACCCCGAGCAGGAGCCACAGCUGCUGAGUGGCAUCGGCCGGAUCUUCCUCCAGAUUGGAGACAUUAAAACGGCUGAGAAGUAUUUUCAAGACGUUGAGAAAGUGACGCAGAAAUUGGAUGGACUACAGGGUAAAAUAAUGGUUUUAAUGAACAGAGCGUUCUUGCACCUGGGUCAGAAUAACUUCGCUGAAGCCCACAGAUUCUUCACUGAGAUCUUGAGGAUGGACCCAACAAACGCCGUGGCCAACAACAACGCCGCCGUGUGUCUGCUCUACCUGGGCAAGCUCAAGGACUCGCUGCGGCAGCUGGAGGCCAUGGUGCAGCGGGACCCCAGGCACUACCUGCACGAGAGUGUGCUGUUCAACCUGACCACCAUGUACGAGCUGGAGUCCUCGCGGAGCAUGCAGAAGAAGCAGAGCCUGCUCGAGGCCGUGGCCGGCAAAGAAGGGGACAGUUUCAACACCCAGUGCCUCAAGCUGGCCUAGAGCCGGAGUGAGUGUGCACCGGAGCGGCACGUGCGUGUGGCUGUGGCACAGCCAUAAAGGCCUGUCUCCUAGAGCCGGAGUGUGAGUGUGGACCGUGGAGCGGCACGUGCGUGUGGCUGUGGUGCAGCUGUAAAGGCCUGUCUCCUAGAGCCGGAGUGUGAGUGUGGACCAUGGAGCGGCACGUGUGUGUGGCUGUGGCACAGCCGUAAAGGCCUGUCUCCUAGAGCCGGAGUGUGAGUGUGGACCAUGGAGUGGCACGUGUGUGUGGCUGUGGCACAGCCGUAAAGGCCUGUCUCCUAGAGCCGGAGUGUGAGUGUGGACCAUGGAGCGGCACGUGCGUGUGGCUGUGGCACAGCCGUAAAGGCCUGUCUCCUAGAGCCGGAGUGUGAGUGUGGACCGUGGAGCGGCACGUGUGUGUGGCUGUGGCACAGCCAUAAAGGCCUGUCUCCUAGAGCCGGAGUGUGAGUGUGGACCAUGGAGUGGCACAUGCGUGUGGCUGUGGUGCAGCUGUAAAGGCCCAUCUCCCGCCCAAUGGGAGCCUCCUUCUGGAGCCACAGCCCAGGCCUGCCCAAGGUGGGCACAUCCCUGGGUGUGCACACAAGGGGAGAUGGUGUGCCAGGCAGGAGGCCUGCAGUGUGCACCAGACCUCCCUCAUCUACUCCUGGAAGCCAGCCUGUUCCUUUCUUAUUUAUUUAGCUGUCUUCAUUGUAUUUGAAAGGCAAAGAGCCAAACACAGACCUUGCGUCCACUGGUUCACGCCCCAAAUGCCUGCAACAGCCAGGCUGGGCAUCUCGCGCUGUCCAUGGCCGCUCAGCAUCCUCCUCCCGCCCUCUCUCCUCCCACCUGUCUCGUUCACUGACCGAGGUGGAACGGUGGGUCCUGGUUUCUCUUGUGUUUCGUGCGCCCCACAGAGAGGGCAGAGCAGGAGAGCCGCCCUCUGGAGUAAGCAGAACACAGAGCUCAGGUGCGUGAGAAAACCAGGAAGUGUCUGGAACACAGGCUGCCAGGGGUCAGCAGGGUCCGAGCCCAAGCACCCAGGGGUCAGCAGCUUCGGGAACACAGCACCCUCGAGGGUCGGCGGGGUCUGAGCCCAGGCCAGUCCGUACAUUUGCACUCAUUUUUUCAUAGUUAUUCCUGCUUUUGAAACCAUAAAUCCCUGGAAAUGUCUGCAUUUACCAGGCAGCUCUGGCCAGGACCCUGUAAUGUCAGCUUCUCUAACCCCGUGAGCUGUGAUUGACACGCGGGACUGAGAAGUGCGUGUACGAAUCAGAGCUGCAGGCAGAUGGCCCCGCGCCUUUGCUGAGGCGCACGUUGAGUGACGGCUCAGAGCAGGAGAGCAGAUGACCCUGCCUGGAGGGCUGGGCACUCCCAGGGGCCUUCACAUCCUCCUCUCCGCAAAGAGGGAAAAUCAACGUAUUUGUAAAAAGCACAGAACUUGAUGAUGGCAGUGAAGGCUGCCAGGUGCAGGGAGGGACUGGACGCCCAGGAGUGGCAGGUGAGAAAGGGAGCCAGACUCCCUUCAGGACUGAACCUGCAGCCAGUCUUCCUCCCCAGCUGCCAUUGCUA